AUGCACGAUCCUACGAGUUACUUGGACGUCGUGGCGGUUGCGGAGCCGGGUAGGCCGCCUGCGGUGGUAGAGACGUACUUCAAUAUGUCGUGCUGCAGCCCCGAGAAGUGGUCCGAUACCCUCGAGACGGGCCAGCAGUUUUAUCCGCUCGGGGACUUACUGUAUAAAAACCGCAUUUCGCCGGAGUUGCUGUUGACUAUUGUGCUGAAGACUCUGAAGAAUUUGACGACCAAGAAAAGUACGAAUGGGAUGCUGCCGUAUGUUGAAAGUAUGGAAGAUAUCCGGGCACGACUGGUUGAGACAUCGGAAGGGCUCUGUGGCAAGGAUGGUCUGAUCUCCGUGGCGGUCGUUGAUGCCAGCCGCCCUUGCGAGAAUGCGCCAUGGGAAGCUGUCCGACAAACGGGUCUGAUUUUUCAGGAGAUGGCCAAAAUUGGCGGUAUCAUCACCUGCGAUCUCCUCAGUACGGAUGGAGACUGUACGCACCCGGAUUGCGCGGAACAACGCGACCUCCUCCAUGCUGUAUCCGGCGUAAACGACGACGCCUACAGCAGAUACCCGUAUUACAGCCGCUAUGACACCUGGCUCGCCCGACUGCGAGCUUUCUGUAACCUGCGCAACAUCAAAAUGCUCAAGGCGCAAAAAAUGCAAAUCAGAAAGCACAGACAUCUCGAGCACCAACCCCGAAUCUGCGACCAAGAAGGCUAUUGGAAACGCGUAAAAAUUGCCCGCGAGAUAGCCCCACCUGUCCGACGGUAA